AUGUCCUUGGUUUAUCAGAGAUUCCUUGCUAUAAGCCUUCCAACUGUUGCGGCUUUUCUAAGUAUCCUGUGGUUGAGAAACCGCCGGAAAGGGCGACACCUCCCCGCUGAUAGCAGUUUUUCUGACUGUUUGAAUAAAACUGAAGAAAAAAAAUCAAGUGAAAAUUUAACUAUCUGUGACAAUACAGAAGACACUUUAACUAGUGACAUUGUAGUUGGUGAAUUAGUUAGUAGUGGUGUUAGUGAACUGUGUAAAGAGGAUAUUGAAAAUCCUCUAUUUUCUCCUGAUAGUGCAAAAGUUGUCGAACUCUUAGAUUGUCCGAUUAAUCAGGCAGUUAAAGAGGAUCAUUGUGGUUCAGAAGUAUUAUAUAUCUCUGAACCCGAAGAAGAAAACUAUUGCAGUUCUGAAGAACUAGAAGAGAUUGAAAUUGAAGCAAUUGCUGCCGAACUCGACUUAGUUAAAACAUCAGCCGAAGUCGUGGACUCGAUUGAACCACUGGUUGAAGCUGUGAAAGACGAUUUGGAAGUUAAUUGUUCUAUUAUUCCCAUCGAGUCAGAAGGUGAAAAUAGAAUUAUUGAAAGUGUUACAGAAGAAAUCAAAAUGAAGAAAGAAUCAGAACAAAUUAAAGAAGCAAUUAAUACUUUGGAUUUAGACAAAAUGAAAGAACCUGGUCAAUUAGCUGAUAAAUUGGCUUCUCUAGAACUUGACCAGAUGAAAAUUGAUGAAAGGAAAUCUGGGAGUGAGAGGGAUUCUGCAAAUCAUAGCCCAUCCGAAAUCAUGUUAGCAAGUCCGUCUAUCAGUAACUUCAGUGACGCGCAUUCUGAGGGGUCUAGCGACAGUGGCAAGGGGCAGAGCGAUGUAGCAAUAUCACCGUCAAGAACACCUGCUGGUGGAUCCAGUCUCGCCGGUGAUCAAGCACCUUCUGUAUACGAAUUCGUUUUGCCUCAGGUCAUUGUUGGAAGAUUAAUAGGAAGACAUGGCGUAUUCUUGAAUGAAAUAAAAACACAGACACAUACAAAUAUAUUUAUAAAAAGACAUCCAGAUUCGAAUAAACUAAAAGUCUGCGCUAUUGAAGGAACUCAACAGGACAUCGAUAAGGCGUUAGCGAAAAUUAGGCAAAAAUUUCCACUUAGACGAUUCCCUCAACUCACUCUCGAAAAAGUUUCUUUUGUACAGUUGAAUCCUCUUCCACCUCUUAAACCAGAAGAUUUCCACUUACAGUUAGUUGAAGGUGUGAACAACGAUGUUGUCCUGUCAUCUUUAAUCAGUGCAGCUCACUUUUUCCUCCAACAACCAUGCCAUCCAUCUUAUUCCUCAUUAACUGCAUUAAACACAAUAAUGACCCAGAUUUAUUCUUCAGGAGAAGCACCACCAUUAGAAUCCCCAGUUAACUAUGCAGUAUGUGCCGCCCCUGCAAUCGAAGGUUGGUACAGAGCACAGAUUAUCCAAGUCGAAGAAGAUGGCCUGCAUUGCACCGUCAAAUACUUGGACUAUGGCGGGUAUUCCCGAAUACUUGCCACCGACUUGCGACAGAUCCGCGGAGACCUCUUAGCCUUACCCUUCCAAGCUGUUGAAUGUUAUUUAGCUAAUGUAGCACCAGCAGGCGAGGAAUGGAGCAACGAGGCUAGGUUGUUUGUCCACGGCCUCACUUGUGGCCAAAUUCUUCAUGCUCAGGUCUACGAUUAUGCCGAGGAUGGGGCACCGCUAGUCUACCUUUAUUCAAGUUUCGGCAAUCAGGUGGUAUUAAUUAAUGAACAGCUUGUUGUGAACGGAUUUGGCGUUGUCGCCGAACAGGGAAGCUGUUGCGGUACUACCAGUGAAGACGGCGGUAGAACUGAUGAAGAAGCGACCAAGAGUGAAAGGGAUACAGAGUAA